ACUCGGUGCCCUCUGUUCUGCCAGAUGACUCGGUGCCCGCUGUUCUGCCAGAUGACUUGGUGCCCGCUGUUCUGCCAGAUGACUCGGUGCCCGCUGUUCUGUCAGAUCACUCGGUGCCCGCUGUUGAGCUUGAUGCCUCGGUGCCUGCUGCCUCACCUGAUGGCCCGGUGCCUGCUGCCUCGUCUGAUGGCCCGGUGCCCGCUGCCUCGUCUGAUGGCCUGGUGCCUGCUGCUCAGCCUGAUGGCUCAGUGCCCGCUGCCUCAUCUGAUGGCCCGGUGCCUGCUGCUCCGCCUGAUGGCCUGGUGCCCGCUGCCUCGUCUGAUGGCCUGGUGUCCGCUGCCCAGCCUGAUGUGCCUCUGCCUGCUGCCCAGCCUGACGUGCCUCUGCCUGCUGCCCAGCCUGACGUGCCCUCCGCUCACCCUGAUGUACCGGCUCCUGAUGCCCAGC